CGGGGUGAACUGCAGGGGUUAUCAGGGAAAGGAAAUCAUUUACCAAGGGAUUCCAGCAUGCCCGAGGCUUCCUCCUGUAGGGAGCUCUGAACAGCCUGGGAAAUCCCAGCCUGCAGGUGCAGCUGCUCUCUGGAAUGACUUGUGCCUGAAUGAAUGAGCAGAGUGAGGGGAAGAGAGCGUUCCCUGAGGCUGUGGGACUGUCAGUUGCACAGAUCCAAGUUCCUAACACUUACCAGUGGCUUCCUGCACUGCUGCCAGAGCUCUGAGCACAGGGAGCUUGACUCCUCGGAUAAAGGGGUUUAGUUCACCUGAUUUUAACAGAUGACUUCUAUCCUGUGUUAAUAUAUGAAUAUACAGGGUUAUAUAGUAAUAUAGUCAUAUACAGAGUGUGCUCUGGCAUGAUUUUAAACUGGUUGUUUUGCAGAGAAAAUAAUUCCAAUUGUAUUUGUAAAUAAUGUUAAACUAAAAAGCAGUUAAUUUUUGUUAAACCUGAGGGGAAGGUUCUUUAGAAAUAGAAACACCUUUGCCCAGCUAACUGAAAACCAGGUCCUGUGGAUAUUAAUAUUGGGGAGAUGAUUAUUAGAGUAAAAAAUAACAGUGAAGAGAAGGGUUAUUUUAAUAGAUCUUAUGCACUAAAAAAUUGUAACAAACUUUAGAACUUCUUUGUAAUUAAUUUUUAAUUUUUUUCUCAGUGCUCUGUUGGUAUUUUCCCUGUUUGGAAACAAUUCCUACAAUGGUGAUGAGUUUAUUUCAAGCAAAGCCAAGCAAAGUUUGUUUUCAUUGUAUUAAUGAAGCUGGAGUGAGUGGCAUUGAAUUUUAGAUACUAUCUAAAUGCAAAGUUAAUGUAAAUAAUUAUGCAGUGGUUUCUGCUUUCGUUGAAGUGGUAGGAGCCCAUUCUGUGUGGAAAAAGGAAAGUACUGUUGCCAUAAAAUGGACAAAAAUGGCCAUAAAAUGAUAAAGAUCAGUGCUCCCCAGUAACCCUUUCAGUACCACUGCCCUCCCUCAGAGACUGGAGCAGGAACAGAAGCAGAAUGUUCCUUUUGCAGGCAGAGAGGUUUGUUUGUUAAUCUCCAUGAGAACCCCAAUGGAUGUGCCAAUGCCUCUCUGUCAGCUCGUGUGCCUCACCUUUCUGUCUACAGCUGUUUGCAGCCUGCCUGAAAGAAAGGGGCUUCCUUACAACCUCCAGAUGGACUCCCACAAUUUCCAGCACAUUUUGUCCUGGCAGGCAGAACAUGACCCAGCUGUGCCAGCCUCCUACAACGUGCUCUACAAAGACCACAGGAGCCAGGACUGGAUGAGUGCUCAGCAGUGUUCAGGCAUUGCCCAGCUCUCCUGUGAGCUGACAGAGGAGUUCAAGGCCAUGUCUGCUGAGUAUUCUGUAUUUGUUCAGAGCAUUGGAGGAGCUCAGGUGCUCAAUUCUUCUCUGCUGCGUUUUGUGCCAUUCACUGAGACAAUUCUGGGCCCACCAGAAGUGAAUAUCACUUCCUGUCUAAACUGCCUCAACGUCACCAUAAAGCUGCCAGCCUCUCACUUUAGAGACAAGGGAAAGCUGCUGUCUUUAAUUGAUAUCUAUGAGGAGCUGGAUUAUGAUAUCACCCUGAAAUCACAGGAUGGAGAGCAUAAGAGGCCACGGCAGAGAACCACUGAAGAGGUGUUCAGUAUUGCCAUUGAGGAAUUGUAUCCCAGCAGGAAUUACUGCCUGUCCGUGGGGGUCACUGCAUCCCUGAACAAGAACUCUGUCCCCUCCCCCUGGAAAUGUGUCACUGCAGACUCAGAGGCUCAGCAGGGGUAUCAGGAAGCUGCAGUGGCAGGUGCUGUCUGUGUUUCACUGAUCAUUGCUGCCAUCCUGAAGUGUGUGCAUGCAGCAGGCUUUAUUUUCCCAAAGUUUUCCCUUCCUCAGACCUUGGCAUUCAUCAGGAAGUUGGCCUACUCCCCCUGGGUGUCUGAGUCAGAAACAGUGGCCUCAGUGGAGAUCAUCCCCAGAGAGGUGAAAAGCAAGGCCAGGGUCUGCAGAGGCAGUGCCAGUGAUGACAGUGACAGUGACAGCAGUGACAGUGAUGGCAGUGCCCUGUGUGACCACGACUACACCAGGCGGGACAGGCUGGGCAGGGCCAGUGUGCCCCGGGGCUGUGACACCCCCAGCAGCCUGGGGCAGUACUCAGUGAGCAGCACCUGUGAGCACAGCAGCAGCCAGGCUGGGGACACGCCAGCUGCUGAGCCACAGGAGCCCCAGGGACACCAGGGCCACCCUGAAGGGGACAGAGGCACGAGGAGCGAGUUGCUGAGCCCUCUGUGUGGGGACAGCUGUGAGCCCCAGGGGGGCAGCGAGUGCUUCACCAUCAGCCUGCACACGGUGCUGCUGGGCACCCUGGAGCAGGAUGGGCACGGCUCUGCAGCUGCUGCCCCAGCCCAGCAGGACACAGGGGACUGGCACUGUGCCCGUGCUCUGGAGGCAAAGCUGCUGCAGGACACGGGAAGUGGGCAGGAGGAAGCACCUUGUUCUCAUGACUUCCGGGAGUGGCAAAACUCCUCCUCCUCCUCCUCCUCCUCCUCUGGGGAAAGUGACUCUUUGGACUCGGACACAGAGCAAGUAACGGGGUACAUGAGGAGAUGAAGGAGGGAGAGCUGCUUUUACUUUAUAACAUAGCAAUCAGUGUUGUCCAACUCUUGUUUCUGGACUGAAUGCACAGAUCUUGUCCUUUCAUUAACAUCCUGUGAGAGGGGGCUCCUACAGAGAGAGCUGGGGCUGUUUGUCUCGAGAAGGAUCCAGAGAGACUUAGAGCUCCUUCUGUGCCCAGAGGGGCUCCAAAGGAGGGGCUGUGGGCAAGGGCUGGAGGGACAGGACAAGAGGGAAUGGCUUCAAACUGGCAGAGGGCAGUUUUGGAUUAGAAAUUGUUCCCUGUGAGGGUGGGGAGAGACAAUUCCCAAGGCCUGGAGGGACAGGAGCCAGGGAAUGGCUCCCAGUGCCAGAGGGUAGGGCUGGAUGGGACCUUGGCAAUGAGGAAUUGUUCCCUGGCAGGGUGGGCAGGGCUGGGAUGGAAUUCCCAGAGCAGCUGGGGCUGCCCCUGGAUCCCUGGCAGUGCCCAAGGCCAGGCUGGACACUGGGGCUGGAGCAGCCUGGAACAGUGGAAGGCUGGUCUCCCAACCAGACCACUUUUACAAUUUUUUAAUUCUUUAUCUCUGUUACUGGAUUUUUGUGAAACCUGUUCGGCUGGCUGGAUACUGUAUUUGUGCAGAGAACACUGAUCAAGUGGAAUAAUGGGGGCAGACAGGAACACUCAGCUGGCAAAAGAGUGGAUCUAGGCAUUAAUACACUUAUUGAAUUUAUUUUUGUAUAAUUUUGUAUAAUUACUGAUUCAUAUUAAAAUAUUUUUAUGACAUUUAAAAUACAAAUGAGCAAUUUAAAA